GCUGUCAAACGCAGGACAGGGAGGAGGGAGAGUCAACAUGGCGUCCGAGCAGGAGAGCUCAAAUGGUCCGGUGAAGAAGUCAAUGCGGGAGAAAGCCAUUGAGCGAAGGACUGUUAGUAAGGAACACAACAGUAACUUCAAGGCUGGAUAUGUGCCCAUAGAAGAGGAGAGACUGCACAAGACAGGGCUGAGGGGUCGAAAAGGCAACGUUGCUGUGUGCAUCAUAGUCCUGCUCUUCCUGCUUGCGCUCAUCAACCUUAUUAUAACGCUGGUGAUUUGGACAGUUAUUCGGAUCGGCCCUAAUGGCUGCGACAGUAUGGAGUUCCAUGAGAGCGGACUGCUGCGCUUUAAGCAGAAAGCUGACAUGGGGGUGGUUCACCCACUGCACAAGAGCACUGUAGGAGGCAGGAAGGACCAGGACCUUGUCAUCACUGGCAACAACAACCCAGUGGUAUUUCAACAAGGGAACACCAGGCUAAGUGUUGAGAGAGACAAGACGUCUAUCACCAGUGACCUGGGCGUUUCCUUCACUGACCCACGGACGCAAACCACCUUCUUUAGCACAGACUUUGAUAACCACGAGUUCCACUUGCCCAAACAAGUCAAUGUGCUCAAUGUGAAGAAAGCCUCCACUGAAAGGAUCACUAGCAACGCAUCGUCUGAUCUCAUGAUCAAAGGUGACCACAAGGCCAUCAUUCGUGGAAACGAGGGCGUCUUCAUCAUGGGCAAGACAGUUGAGUUGAGGAUGGGUGGUGAUAUUGAGCUCAAAGCUGAGAACAGCAUUGUUCUGAAUGGCUCUGUGAUGUUUAGUCCAUCGCGCAUCCCGAACACCUCCCUGGGGGGUGAGCUGUACUUCAACGAAGGCCUGGAGAGGUACAAGCUCUGUAUGUGUGCAGAUGGGACCCUGUUCAGAGUGCAGGUCAAAUAUCCCAACAUGGGCUGCCAGACUACGGACAACCCCUGUAGAGCGGCACACUGAGAGGAGGGGAAAUCCACAAGACUUGCACACACUAACACACCUGUGUGUGUGUGUUUUUGAGAAUUGAUAACAGCUCUGCUAUUUCAACACUAAAUCAUAUCAUUUUUAUAGAGAGAUUUGUCUACAGACAUAGUUACAUAUAAAACCUAAAAACACUCGUUCUGCUUCUGCUGUGUUUAAGUCUUGAUCAUUAUACACAUUCACUUUUAUAAUUGCUCAUAACCUUAAACCCCUUCAGCUCCACCCUACACAACCACACUUGUUUUUAUUAUGUAAUGACUUGGCCAAAGAGCUGCCUUUCAUUUAUCAUUGAAUCACGUUGGCAUUUUUAUUGUUUUUAAAGCUGAUUGUUUUUUAGCUUUCUGUACUGCAUUAUGUUGUUUAUGAAGGUUUGUUGCAGCAGUAUUAUAGGUCUUUGUUUGUUUUUGGUAACAAUAGUUUACGAAACCCAUUAUUUCUCUGGAAUAUGGUGCAUCAUCAAACUAAACUGAGAGAAUCUGUUAUGGAAAAUCCAGACAUUCGUGUCAGGGCUGGGGUUCUGAGAUAUUUAUGCUAUUUCUCAUGUUUUAUAUAUUUCUAUAUAAAUGUACUCGUAUGUUGGCAGCUGUAUAUGGCCAAGAUUCACUUUAAAACAAAUCUCAGUUCGCUAGUUCAGGAAGCUGAAAUGUAUUAGCCAUGUAGAAGCACAGUCUAUACUGUGUGUGAAAGGGAUGAUCUAUUUGCCACAUCACUUAACCAUGUACUCAUAAGUUACUUACCACCAGUCAUACGGUUGAUAUUAUAGUACAGCAGCAUUACUAUUUACCUUCUACAUUCACCGGCCACUUUAAUAGGAACAAAUUCUUGAUUCUAAGAUUCUUGUUCUUGGCUGCAGGAGCGGAACCCGGUGUGGUGUUCUGCUGUUGCGUGCUGAGAUGCUUUUCUGCUCACCACGGUUGUAAAGAGUGAUUAUAUGAGUUGCUAUAUCCUUCCUGGCAGCUUGAACCAUCUCAUCUCAUCUCAUUAUUUCUAGCCGCUUUAUCCUUCUACAGGGUCGCAGGCAAGCUGGAGCCUAUCCCAGCUUGCCUGCGAAAAGCGAAAGGCGGGGU